GUAGGAGGCUGACCCUCAGAGCUGUGGUGUAUUCUAUAUUCUAUAGGAGGCUGACCAUCAGAGCUGUGGUGUAUUCUAUAUUCUGUAGGAGGCUGACCCUCAGAGCUGUGGUGUAUUCUAUUCUGUAGGAGGCUGACCAUCAGAGCUGUGGUGUAUUCUAUAUUCUGUAGCAGGCUGACCAUCAGCGCUGUGGUGUAUUCUAUAUUCUGUAGCAGGCUGACCCUCAGAGCUGUGGUGUAUUCUAUAUUCUGUAGCACGCUGACCCUCAGAGCUGUGGUGUAUUCUAUAUUCUAUAGGAGGCUGACCCUCAGAGCUGUGGUGUAUUCUAUAUUCUGUAGGAGGCUGACCAUCAGAGCUGUGGUGUAUUCUAUAUUCUGUAGGAGGCUGACCAUCAGAGCUGUGGUGUAUUCUAUAUUCUAGUAGCAGGCUGACCCUCAGAGCUGUGGUGUAUUCUAUAUUCUGUAGGAGGCUGACCAUCAGAGCUGUGGUGUAUUCUAUAUUCUGUAGGAGGCUGACCAUCAGAGCUGUGGUGUAUUCUAGUAGGAGGCAGACCCUCAGAGCUGUGGUGUAUUCUAUAUUCUGUAGCAGGCUGACCAUCAGAGCUGUGGUGUAUUCUAUAUUCUGUAGGAGGCUGACCCUCAGAGCUGUGGUGUAUUCUAUAUUCUGUAGGAGGCUGACCAUCAGAGCUGUGGUGUAUUCUAUAUUCUGUAGGAGGCUGACCCUCAGAGCUGUGGUGUAUUCUAUAUUCUGUAGCAGGCUGACCAUCAGAGCUGUGGUGUAUUCUAUAUUCUAUAGGAGGCUGACCAUCAGAGCUGUGGUGUAUUCUAUAUUCUAUAGGAGGCUGACCAUCAGAGCUGUGGUGUAUUCUAUAUUCUGUAGGAGGCUGACCAUCAGAGCUGUGGUGUAUUCUAGUAGGAGGCUGACCCUCAGAGCUGUGGUGUAUUCUAUAUUCUGUAGGAGGCUGACCAUCAGAGCUCUGUGGUGUAUUCUAUAUUCUGUAGGAGGCUGACCAUCAGAGCUGUGGUGUAUUCUAUAUUCUAUAGGAGGCUGACCAUCAGAGCUGUGGUGUAUUCUAGUAGGAGGCAGACCCUCAGAGCUGUGGUGUAUUCUAUAUUCUGUAGCAGGCUGACCAUCAGAGCUGUGGUGUAUUCUAUAUUCUGUAGGAGGCUGACCAUCAGAGCUGUGGUGUAUUCUAUAUUCUGUAGGAGGCUGACCCUCAGAGCUGUGGUGUAUUCUGUAGGAGGCUGACCCUCAGAGCUGUGGUGUAUUCUAUAUUCUGUAGGAGGCAGACCAUCAGAGCUGUGGUGUAUUCUAUAUUCUGUAGGAGGCUGACCAUCAGAGCUGUGGUGUAUUCUGUAGGAGGCUGACCCUCAGAGCUGUGGUGUAUUCUGUAGGAGGCUGACCAACAGAGCUGUGGUGUAUUCUAUAUUCUGUAGGAGGCUGACCAUCAGAGCUGUGGUGUAUUCUGUAGGAGGCUGACCAUCAGAGCUGUGGUGUAUUCUGUAGGAGGCUGACCAUCAGAGCUGUGGUGUAUUCUAGUAGGAGGCAGACCAUCAGAGCUGUGGUGUAUUCUAUAUUCUGUAGGAGGCUGACCGUCAGAGCUGUGGUGUAUUCUAUAUUCUGUAGGAGGCUGACCAUCAGAGCUGUGGUGUAUUCUAUAUUCUGUAGGAGGCUGACCCUCAGAGCUGUGGUGUAUUCUAUAUUCUGUAGGAGGCUGACCCUCAGAGCUGUGGUGUAUUCUAUAUUCUGUAGGAGGCUGACCAUCAGAGCUGUGGUGUAUUCUAUAUUCUGUAGGAGGCUGACCGUCAGAGCUGUGUGUCCAGUGUGGUCCACCAGGCUGACCGGGCCUGCAGACGCCUGGUCUCACAGGCCAUGCAGGAGGCCAGAGAACAUCAACUCCCCCCCGAGAGGAUGAGGUCUCUGGCAGCCGACCUCAAUGAAUCCAAAACCACGUUUCUCCAGGACCUGCGGAGACAAGUUCUCCAACCCUUAACCCAGGGAGACGGCGUGGAGGUGGAGCGGGUUGUGAACAGAACCCAGGGAGACGGCGUGGAGGUGGAGCGGGUUGUGAACAGAACCCAGGGAGAGGGCGUGGAGGUGGAGCGGGUUGUGAACGGAACCCAGGGAGAGGGCGUGGAGGUGGAGCGGGUUGUGAACAGAACCCAGGGAGACGGCGUGGAGGUGGAGCGGGUUGUGAACAGAACCCAGGGAGAGGGCGUGGAGGUGGAGCGGGUUGUGAACGGAACCCAGGGAGAGGGCGUGGAGGUGGAGCGGGUUGUGAACGGAACCCAGGGAGAGGGCGUGGAGGUAGAGCGGGUUGUGAACGGAACCCAGGGAGAGGGCGUGGAGGUGGAGCGGGUUGUGAACAGAACCCAGGGAGGGGGCGUGGAGGUAGAGCGGGUUGUGAACGGAGCCGUGGACGUCUUCAACAAAGAGAAACAGGAAAUCAUUGCAAGAUACCUUCCUCCUUGUGACAGAAUAAAAUGACACAUAACGAGGGAUAGAUGAUAGCCAUUAUGUAACUUUCAUUGGUUCUGUGUAAAUAGUCAUACAUAUUGACAUUAGUAAUUACAUUUCUAUAUUUUUAUGACAAAAUGUCCAACCAGUUAGGUGCUUAUACAGGGUGGAACCUAGCGAGGUGGAAGUUAACAGGGUGGAAAUGUGGAGGCUAACUUAGCCGUAGCACUGGGUGGAACCAAGCAAGGUGGAAAUGUGGAGGCUAACUUAGCCGUAGCACUGGGUGGAACCUAGCAAGGUGGAAAUGUGGAGGCUAACUUAGCCGUAGCACUGGGUGGAACCAAGCAAGGUGGAAAUGUGGAGGCUAACUUAGCCGUAGCACUGGGUGGAACCAAGCAAGGUGGAAAUGUGGAGGCUAACUUAGCCGUAGCACUGGGUGGAACCUAGCAGGGUGGAAAUGUGGAGGCUAACUUAGCCGUAGCACUGGGUGGAACCUAGCAAGGUGGAAAUGUGGAGGCUAACUUAGCCGUAGCACUGUGAGUGAUCAAGAUCCAGCUAGCAUAAUGGUGAACACUUGAAGAUCAUUUUUUUUUUACUGUUCUGUCAAACACAAUUUGAAAUGAUCAAAUGUUCAUCUAAUUUAGCCGAAUAGGGGGGGGACAUUUUAAGAGUGAGACCGUACUGACUCACAUCAUGAAACAUUCAAAUGUAGAUGUAAAGCGAAUGUUGACACUAAUGCAGUGUUGUUGUUGACACUUAAUGUAGUGUUGUUAUUGACACUAAUGUAGUGUUGUUAUUGUUGUUGACACUAAUGUAGUGUUGUUAUUGACACUUCCUGAUUGUAAUGGUCAAAAAUGCAAAUAAAAUUCCCAUUGAGAUGGAUAUCUUUUGUGUUUUUAUGGAAAAGGACACCUGGCUUUCUAUUUAAAGCUCUUUGGAAUCCACAUUUUACAGUGAAUAAGUGGUGUUAUUUCCUGGGAACAGAAAAGGCACUGCAUAACAGGAAUGAAUGACCCGGGUCUGUGAAAGACACAUCUUGCUUGUUUGUCGGUGACCAAAUACUUAUUUUCCACCAUAAUUUGCAAAUAAAUUCAUUAAAAAUCCUACAA